AUGGCUGACGCUCUACCUCAAGCCGCGUCCCCAUCGCGGAAACGGCCUGCUCCAGACGAUAUUGACAUGUCCGACGUGCACGCAACACCCGUCAAGAACCCGCCCAGUUCCCCGCAAAGCUCGGAUCUAUCCACGCCGAAAUCGAUUGCCUCGCCCGACCAGAGUCCGCUACCUCAAGGCGGCAUUGCCCAAGCCAAUUUGUCUCCCGCUCCGAGCAACCUGGCAUCUGCUACCGCCGCCGCUACUUCUACAUUGAAUUCCUCAACUACCGGUGCAACACCGGCAAAGCGAAGGCGGCUAACGCCCCAGGAAAAAGAGCAACAACGGUUGGAUAAGGAGGCAAAGGCGAAGGCACGCGAAGAAAAGAAGCUGCAGAAGGAGGAGGAAAUGCGCCAGAAGGAGGAAGCUAAACGGGUUAAAGACGAAGCCAAGAAGCUGAAGGAUGAGGAAGCCAAGAAAAAGAAGGAGGAAGCCGAAGCCAAGAAGCGCGAGAAGGAGAUGGAGAAACAGAAGAAGGCAGAGGAGAAGGAGAAGAAGGCAAAGGCUCAACCCAAGCUUAAUCAAUGGUUCACGAAGGGGGGCGUCAACACCACAGAGCUUGCGCAUAGACGAAAGUCCAUCUCAGCCGACCCGGGUGAACCUGUUGCCAGUCCCUCUAAGCCUCCCUCGCCCCAGAAGAAGGUCCAGUCCGAUUAUGAGCAAACGUUCCUCCCGUACGAAAAGAAGAUACAUGAAAUUUUGGCACCGCAAACGCUAUUCUGGGCAGACCGAAGCGACACAGACAGAGAGGCGGCCAUUGCGAAGCUGGACGAGAUGGCAGCAUCUGGUUCGGAGCAAACUAAGCAACAAGUGCUGGAUCUGCUCGAGAAACGCGACUUCGUCACACUAUUAGGUGUGCCAGCUGCAGAACAGGGGAAGAGGGGUGUCAAGUUUCCACUUGUGAGGGAUGUUGUUGCUCGUCUGCAGGGCUCAUCGGACCAGCCUGUUGAUCUGACCGAAGAGUCUUCAGAAAAGAAGAUGCGGGACCUUCUUGACACCCUUAAGACCAUUCCUAUGAAGUAUAUCCACUUCACUGAGGAUGUACGACCGCCCUACUGCGGCACAUUCACCAAGGUCCAGUCGGAUCGAGAGUCGCGGAGACUCGCGAUCAAUCCUUUCUCAAAGAGUCUGCCUGAAGCCAACUACGACUAUGACUCGGAAUGCGAAUGGGAAGAGCCAGAGGAGGGAGAAGAUCUGGAUGCAGAAGACGAAGAGGACCUUGAGAGUGAAGGAGCAGAAGAUCUCGAAGAUUUCCUUGAAGAUGACGAUGAAGCGGCACACAGCAAGCGUCGUCUUAUCACGGGAGAUCUAGAGCCGGUUUCCACUGGUCUUUGCUGGGAAGACAACAAGGGAGUGCUGAGGAAGGCGGACGGCUCUGUUGACUCUAAUGUGACAUUGUCGGAAUAUAGGAUGGGUGUUUUGCUCGAACCGACGCCGAUAUCCAUCGACCCCUUCUCGACAGCUUACUGGGAGACGGAAGCGCAGGCGGCAUCAAGUUCGGGGGCCAAGGACGUAUUCGGCAUGAUGCAACCCCCAAGGCUACCACUCCACGCUCGCCCUGAAAAUGGGGCGAAUGUCGGAAAUGCCAAGCUUCCUGCGAAGGCAGUGAACGGCACGGCUGGAGCUCCAAAGCCGCCAAAGAGGACGAUCCCUGAGGAGCUCAUUGGCGAAUUCAAGAAGGCGGUCGAGGGGAGCGAUCUGACGAAGAUUGCCUUGAUCGAGGCUCUCAAGAAAAGAUUCCCCAAGAUCCCGAAGGACGCCAUUACGAACACACUGCCACUAGUCGCAAAGCGUGUUGGGCCCAGCGCCGCGGAGAAACGGUGGACUCUGCUCGACACAUGA